AUGGCGGCUCCCGUCCUGCGACGGUCUCUUCUCUAUGUCCCCGCAUCGUCACCCAAGAUGCUGGCCAAGUCCCUCACGCUCGCCUCGGACAACAUCACCUACGACCUCGAAGACGCCGUCACCGAGACGGCCAAGCCCGCCGCCCGUGCCGCGCUCCGGGACCAUUUAGAGGCACUGGCCCAGUCCAAGAUCAAGACGCCGGCCAACACGGAGAUUGCGGUGCGCAUCAAUGCCGUGUCGACCCAGCACGCGCUCGCCGACCUAACAGAGCUCGGCCCGCUGGCGCUCUCGGCCGUCGGCGCCAUUGUGGUGCCCAAGACCAACGCGCCGUCCGACCUGGCGUUUGUCUCGGACGUUGUCAAUCAUAUCCGGCGAAACCGGGGCGAUGCGCCGCGCGCCACGGCGGCCGGCCCCAAACUGAUUGCCCUGAUCGAGUCGGCCCGCGCCAUUAUGGACCUGCGCGACAUCUGCGCGGCCGGCACCGCCCCCACCGCGGGCCUCUCCCUGGACGGCCUCAUUUUUGCUGCCGAGGACUUUGCCCUGGACCUGUCUCUGACGCGGUCGCCGUCGCUGUCCGAGUUCUUGUAUGCGCGCAGUGCAGUGGUGACGGCGGCGCGGGCGUUUGGCCUCAACUCGGCGCUGGACCUCGUGUGCACGAGUUUCCGGGGCGACCAGGGCCUGUCGACACUGGCGGAGGAGUGCCGGGAUGGACGGGGGCGGGGGUUCACAGGCAAGCAGUGCAUCCACCCAACGCAGGUGAGCGUGGUGCAGCAGGUGUGGGGGCGCAUGUACGACGAGGCGGAUCGGACGGAGUUGGCGUGGGCGGUGCGGGUGCUGAUUGCAGAGGACAAGUCGGCGGCGAGCGGGCGGGGUGCUUUUACGCUGGACGGGGCGAUGAUCGAUGCGCCGGUGGUGGGCAAGGCGCAGCGGCUGUUGGACCAGGCAGAGCGGUCGGGCGCCGGCGAGUUCAUCCAGUCAUUGCGCGAGAAGCACAAGGAUCAGGAGCCGGAGUAG